AUGAAUCGAGAACUCGGGACGAGCGAUCUGACACCUUUUAUCGUGGACGGUCUCCGGUCCUUGUCCGUCGACACCCAUUCCAAAGAACUGGCAUCAACUAACUUUGUUUCAAUCACAGGCAAUGAUCGAAGAGAUCGCAGACGUUCGCGAUCUCCUGGAGUAGACCGGUACGAGCCUCGGUCUCGCCGAGAAGACAGAGAUAGAGACAGAGACGAUCGCCGACGAAUAAGUUCGCCACCGGCAAACAUUGACCGCUAUGUACCCGGGCAAGAAACUGCAUCCCCCGGUGUCACGGUCAAUCCUCUCGCCGAUCCAGCUCGCCUACCUUACCAGGUAGGAUUCUCGUAUUUUGGAGAAUGGUGGAGAAUGAAUGAGAAAAUCAAGGAUGAUAAGGAACGGGCCCGGACUGGUCGCAGACGUGAACCAGAGAGACCACGUGGUGCUCGCGAGUCGCAGGAAGAGCGCGAAAAGGAAAAGGCCAAAAUCCAAGCUGCAUACGACGCCUACAAGGAAGAGCUGCAAGCAAAGAUGGCGCGUUCAUUUGUUUCGGAACAUAAAAAGGAGCAGUGGUUCAAGGAGAGAUAUGUGCCAGAGAUUCGCGACGAGCUUCGCAGUAAGCUCAACGAAAUUCGGCGUGGCGCCUACAGCCAAUGGGAGCAGGAUCUUGAGACAGGGACCUUUGAUGAGUUUUCGUUGGAAGGGUUGCCCAAGGCCGAGAGCAACGGAUCUGGCGGUGUUGUUGAGAAGGAGGAGGGCGAAGCCACCGCUAGCAACGAGAUUCUGGGCGUCGGAGAUCUCCUUCCGGCCAACGGGGCUGACAUCCGCGAUGAGAACCAGUUCCAGCCUACUCUACUGAUCAAGACCAUUGCACCUCAUGUCAGUCGACAAAAUUUGGAGUCUUUUUGCAAGGAAAACCUCGGGGAGGAAGAGGGCGGCUUUAAAUGGUUGUCACUCUCUGAUCCCAAUCCUAGCAAGAGAUAUCACCGUAUUGGCUGGGUGAUGCUACACCCAUCCUCUGAGACAUCCCUCUCAACGGAUCGGACUGAUCCAAAGGAUGACGACGGCGAUGUAGACACAACAACCCCACAGCCAGUGUCAACCGCGGAAAAGGCACUCGAGGCAGUCAAUGGCAAGACUGUCAAAGAUGAAGUGCGAGGCGAUUUUGUAUGCCAUGUUGGCGUUCACAACCCUCCCAAUAACCCAAGGAAAAAGGCAUUGUGGGAUCUCUUUUCCGCUCCUGAACGCAUUGAGCGAGAUCUGCUCCUAGUACAAAGGUUGGUCAACAAGUUUGAAGAAGACUUUGGCUCAGACUUCCAGGCCAUUCUCAAAGUAGAGGAAAAGGUUGACGACCUGCGCAAUAACGGCCGGCUUCAACCAGCUGUCCCGCCUACGCCUGCCAAGAAAGUCAAGAAGCAACGGGAAAUCGUUCUAGACGAAGCAAUGGAUGAUGAAGAUGGCAUGGUGGGCGAGGAGGAAGAGGAGGAGGAAGAUGGCGCCAUUGACGACGAAGCCGAUGAUGAGGACAUGCUCAUCAAGAAAAAGCAACUGGAUCUCUUGAUUGAGUAUUUGCGUCGCGUGUUCAACUUUUGUUUCUUCUGUGUCUUUGAGAGCGAUUCUGUCCACGAGCUUACCCGAAAAUGUCCUGGGGGUCAUCUUCGCCGACCCAGAAGCACCUUGUCUUCAUCUGCGCGAUCUGUGGCUCGUGCAAGCGCGAACGGCGAGCCGUUCCCCGAGAAAAAGAAGACGGCUGAUGUAGAGGAAGCCGAUGCUGAGCCUGCAGAGAGCGAUAAAAAGUUUCGCAACACCUCAAACAAGACGGAGCAGCAGCUGCUCCGGGCGUACAACUGGGUCAAGACGUUUGAGGACAAAAUUAUGCAAAUCUUGGAGCCGCAAACAGUCGACAUUCGCAAACUUGGCGGGCGACCAGUUGACGAAGCAGUGGAAGAAGAGCUGGCCAAGUACGUGAAGCAAGAGGACGAGCACAAGUGGCGCUGCAAAGCUCCAGAAUGCACCAAGCUUUUCAAAGAAGAACACUUUUGGAAGAAACAUGUCGAGAAGAGGCACGCCGACUUCCUGGAUAACAUGAAACAAGAGUUUGAGCUCAUCAACGCCUAUGUCAUGGACCCGGCACACAUUGCGCCUUCGAGGACGGAUGCCAACUCCAACGGACACUUCCCGCCUGCAAACGGGCAAAACGCCACCGGAACUCCUCGGGGCUUUAAUCUGCAAAACUUUUCAAUGAAUGGCAUGAUGGGUAUGCCCGGUUUCCCCAUGGCUGGAGGCAACUUUCCACCCAUGUUUGCCGGCAUACAAGCAGGCGGCUGGAACCCAAUGAACGAUGAGCGCUCAGGAGGCGGACCAAUCCGUCGCGGUGGCAUGGGUAACCGGGGGCAAUAUCGCACAGGCCCAUAUGACCGUCGAGGCAACAGGUUUGACGGAGGCCGAAAUCGUCCCGGCGGAUCGCGCUGGGGAGAUGGUGCUGGCGGUGCUGCAGGCGGUCCUCGCGAAGCCGUGCAGGGCCGUAGCUUAAAGAGCUACGAAGACCUAGAUCACGUCUCUGGCGGUGGUGGAAGUGAACUCAACUACUGA